AUGUUCGGCCUCAGGGUAUUCCUGCAAAAAACCCUGAUUCUUCUGCACGUUACUGCGAGCGUUGUUGUUGGCAAAACACUGAUGAUACUGUUCCCCAGUGCCAUGAAAAGAUACAUCCUAAAACAGGGCGAAAAGAGCAGAAUGAAUGAGAAUCCAAAGUUCAACUAUGAAAACUGGGGUCCGACUUUUUUCAGCUUCAAGUACCUGCUCUUUGUGCUGAAGGUGAAGUGGAAGAGGCUGGAGGAUGAAGCCUAUGAGGGACAUCCCGCUCCCAACACACCGGUGGUGACUUUCAGCGGGGAAGUUCGUCACCUCGUUGAUUUCAUGCAAG